UUCCUGCUUGUUGUGUUAAUGCCCGAGAGGGAGUAUACUUGACAACACUGGGCAAUAAAUUGAUAUUGAGAACAUCUUGGGGUAUGUCUUAAGGAACCGAUGUUUUAUCAAACAAAUAAGGUGUCUCACAGCCGGUAUAUCGCGUGUAUUCGUAUUUUCGUGUCAGCACAUUAAUCAAUCAAGUGUCACGCUGGAAAGACAGUGGCUUUUGUCGAUGUUGUGGAGUUUUUACCAGUCAAACAAAAAAUAAUUUACUGGCUUCAGGAUGUUUCUAUUCUCUAAAAAGAAGAAACCCAGUGAGGACUCCAAGAAACGCCUUGAGAACCAGCUGUGCUUGGCCAAAGAAGCAGGUGCUGAUGACAUUCUGGACAUUUCUACCUGUGAUCUUUCAGAGGUCCCCUCCAGUGCCUUCUCCAUGUGUAAAGUACUUCAGAAGAAAGUAUUAAUUCUUCAUGGAAAUUACUUAAGGACACUUGUACCUAAAGGUUGCUGCAUUGGUGGCUUAGCAACUUUAAGGGUGUUGGACCUGCAUGAAAAUAAACUCACAUCACUUCCUGAUGACAUAGGGAAGCUUUUGUCCUUGCAGGUGCUGAAUGUAGAAAAGAAUCAUAUAAAAGAGCUGCCAGACUCCAUUGGUGAUCUACGGCAUCUACAGACACUUAACGUGAAAGGGAACUGCCUUACUGUGAUUCCUGUGUCUGUGGGUCACAUGAGCAGCCUGCGUACACUGGACCUAAGUGAGAACAGCAUCAGAGAACUGCCCAAAGAACUGGCUUCUGUUCGUACACUGGAAAGACUGAUUCUGGAUGCACAUGUUAUGAGCUAUCCUCCUGUGUCAGUGUGUAUAGGCGGCACAGAGGACGUGCAGCGCUACCUCUGUUCAGAGAUGGGUCUGGAGUAUUGUCCUCCAUCCCAGUAUCUCCUGCCAGUGCUGGAACAUGAUGGAGUAAGGCAAGAUGUGGAUUGUGUUGACGGGGAGGAGAUGGCCUGGCAGAGCAGAUUCAUGGACUAUGAAAAGAAAAAGGAGCAGAAACAGCUGGAAAAGUUGAACUUUGAGAAAGAGCUAGAAGAGAAACAGAGAGAGCACACUCAACUCCUCUUCCUCAACAACUCCCACAAAGAGGACGUCCUGAUGUCUGUCAAACAGGAUCAGGAACGGUUGGAGUUAGGUGUGUCUCAGCAGCAGAAGACCCAGGAAGCAGAGAGACAGAAAAUGCUAGAUAAAGUGCGUCAGGCAGAGAGCACUAUCAUGAGCCGUGUCUCUGACCUUGUGCUUAAUAACAAACGACAGGCAAAGAGUGCUGCAUUUCUGCAAGCUCUGGAGGAGGACCGAAUACGAAUGGAGCAUCUUACUGCCAUCACACAGGAAGAAGCUGACUCUUUGAGAAAGAAAGAGGUGGCAAGUGCCAUGCAGAGGAUGCUGUCUGAGAGCUACUCUCUUCGGUUACUGCAGGAGGCCAGUGAAGCCAAGAAACAGAUUAUGGUUUCUGAGGCCAGCAGGAGUUUGGACUGUUUAGAUAAGAAGUUUGUCCAAGUGUUGUGCCUUCAGCAGCUAGACAAAAGCAAUGCCAUUAGUCAGAUCCUUCAAGAGGAGGAAAUGCAGAAAGCCGCCUUUGAAGCCCUUCAGCUCCAGAAGGACAGUGUGCAUGCUUACAUUCGCAAUCAGAUAAAACUCAUAGAGGCAGAGUUAAUGCAGCUGACAAAGCUGGAGGUUAAGAGGAGGAAUUUGGACACUGAGAACCUGCAGGAGGUUCUCGCCGACCAGAGGACAGCUCUGACUGACCUGCUGCAGCAGUUAUUAAAAGAGAAGGACCAGAGAGAGGAGGAGCUCAGGCUGGUACUGAUGGAGAUGGAGCAGAAGAGUGAAUCCAGUCAGCAAAACUACUGGAUGAUACAAUACCAAAGACUCCUGGAUGCUAAACCGCUGUCUCUGCGUAUGGAGGAGGCAGCUGUGGAUAGGGAUCUUGGAAAUCUGCUUUGCAAACUCUCUGCUCAACACUAUCUGCCAAUCAUAGCUCACCACCGAAUCACUGCUGAGGCCUUGCGACACAUGACCACCAAAGACCUCAGCAAGCUGGGAAUCAAUGAGGUUGGUGUUCAGAAAGCUCUUCUUCAAUGGGCCAGUGAACGCACUCUGUCUGACUCAUUCCCUAAAGCAGCCAGAGAGGUACAGGAAACUGGUCCAACCACACCUAGUGCCCCACUGCAGCAGAAUCUCACUCCUCCACUUACCCCCAAAACACCUGAAACUCCCACAUCCCCAAAUGCUGAUGGACCCAGCAGCUCUGAAUGUGUGGUGUGCAUGGAACAUGAAUCACAGAUGAUAUUCCUACCAUGCGGGCAUGUGUGCUGUUGCCAGACCUGCAGUGAUGCCCUGCAGUCCUGUCCUCUGUGUCGUGGUUCUAUAUCUCAACGUGUUCGCCUUUACCAUGGCUGAAGCUGCGGAGCUUUCACAACAUCCUUCCAUAGUCUACACCUCAUUCAUUGAUGAUGUUCCUUCCUCCCAUUUGCUACAUGAAAUUGUGAUGUGUGAAAUUUCAAGCAUUUUAAAAGUUACUGGAUUUUCUUGUACUCUCCAACUACAACUAGCCAAUCAAAGAGGAACUCACAGUCUUCCUUAACAACCACGGGGCAGCGCCAUGAAUUGUGGCUUCUGUAAUAUAUCACGGACCACUAUCACAUUCAGGAAAAAGGUGCAGAGAGCAAGAAAUGAUCCACUAGCAUACAUUCUAGUUAAACUGUUUUCAUUUAAAACAAAGCCAUAGACAGUCAAUUAAACUGAAAGCAGGAAAGUAUUUGAAAUCUGCUUUUUUUCCCACUACAUUUUAAUUAGAUGCAUGUUCUAAUAGAGCUAAAUCUAUAACCACACACUUCUCUUCACCCUACCAAGUUUUUCUGGUGUCAGCAUGAUACAAUAAGACCAACCUCCACCAUUAAAAUACAGUACAGUGGCAUCAGAAAGUAUUUUAAUACCUUGACCAAACUUGGUUGUUAAAGUAAUUUUCUGAUUUUGGAAUAAAUUCAUAAAUUCAAAAAUAUUUUAUUUUAACAUUAUAUAAUUUAGAGACUUUUACAGUAGUGGAGAUCAGUGGUAAACCCCCAUUUGGUUUGACUUGGCAACACAGCAGAAUUGGAAGUAAUAAGUAGAUGAAAUCUUUGUUAAGACAUUGUAUAUUGCUAUAUAACAUUCAAAUGACUCAACCUGACAAAAGCACUUCUCUUUUUACAUCGUGUCAACCGUAGAGCUUCAGUGAGUUUAGUGAUCAUAUUUAGUGAAAAAUAUUACACAAAUACCCUGUUACAUUGCUUGUGUGUACUUCUCUGAAUCUGUCUUCAUCCAAGUGCCCUUACUGUAUGUGCAAGUAUGCAUUUCAAGUCGAUUCUGUAUAGAGCAUAAAAGAACUCAAUCUGCCCACAUUUCUGUAAAUAAAACAUUACAUUUUCUUGAAAUAGUGUUUCAGCAUGCAAAAUCACAAAAUACAGAUAGGUUUUAUGGACCAGACAAUUUCCUUCAUGUUUUGCACUUACUGUACAGCUCUAUUUGCAUCUCCCAUUUAAGAAAAAAUAGGAACGCCUUUGAAUUUUCAAUUAGAAUGUGCAAUCCUAAAUACAUGGCAGUGUAUGAACCAAAAACAAGUCUUUCAAAUUUUAGUAGCAGGAGUUAGUAUAACAUUUUUAUUUAAUUCUUUUUCUGGGAACUUGUAGACACACACCACUUUCUCUGUGACCCCCAAGUGAGAUUGAAUCUCAGUGUUAAAUUCAUUGUGAAGCCAUUACAUACUGUAUUUCCCUUUGUUAUUCACAUAUUAUUCCUGAGAUGUGUAUGUGGGUUAUCACUGUAGUCUGACUUAUGCAAAAUAAACCUGCUAGAUAAUGUGUCCUGGUAAAAAAUGAGAAGAACUGCCUUGUACAUACACAUUUAUUUCAAAAUAUAAAAUUACAUAUAUUAAAUAUU